AUGGAGCUGAGACCUGACACCAGCCACAAGGAGAAUGUGGCCCCCAGGCCUGCGACGCCCACGAGGCCAGAGCAACGGAGGCUCCGGAAGAGCCUGGGUGUCGGCCUGGGCAGUGGACAUGGCCGGUGGGUGCCCAUGUGCCAGGCCAAGAGGGGAGGGCCUGCCGCCACACCCUCCCCAGGGGCAGUGCUUUGCCAGGAGCCCUGCCGAGUCCAGACCAACCUGGCCAGCCCCAGCCCCGGCCUGGGCCUCGCCCUGAAGGACACGACUGGCCGGCUCAUCAACUCAGGCUUCUGGCAGCAGAGCAACCUGCAGCGUCUGGCCAGGAGGCCCCAAAGGAGAGCCCCCGGGUUUGCCGUCCAGCAGAGUAACCUGAGCAUGAAGGAAGCCACCUUGGCCGAGUGUGGAAGUCACACCAGCCCCCAGUCGGAGCCUCAGGAAAGCGUCUGGCCCCACAUGAUGCCCCAGGCAGGCUCCCUACCCCGAGGGCCCUUGGCUCCCCCAUCCUCCAGCCUGAGGCCAUCCCAGCUGCUGGCCACAGACACCCGCUGCCCAGACUUCAGGCCCGCUGCUGACUAUGCCCCUCUUGGUGGGCAUACACGGCCAGGCCCCAGGUCCUGGUGUGGCCUGGGGAGCUGGACCUCCAGGCUCAUGGGGGAGCCCCUCACCCUGGAGGACCUAGCUGUCCCUACCCAGAGCCAGCCUUGGGCCCCACCCCAAGCUGCUGUCCACCAGCUGCUGGCCUCCGUGCAACACCUGGAGCACAAGGCAGCCGGUCUCAGGUGCCGGGCAUCCCGGGAACCCCUGGGCCCUGUGUGGCAGGAGCCCUGGACCAGUGAUGGCCAGGCGCUCCCCGCUUGCCUCCAGCCCAGCCAAGCUGUUCCUGCUUCCUGGGAUAAGAGGAAGAAAUUCCCUUCAGGUCUCAGGGAAACCGAGGAUUCCCCAGAGACCCCAGGGGUCGGGGCUGGCCUCUUCGACUCUCAGGCAGGCAGUAAGCCUGCAUCACCGGAGACCACAGUGGGGAUGCUGACUGGGGAUGUCCUUGAUCCCGAGCAGGGAGUCCUUCCUGCCCAUCCCCUGAGACGAGGCGGAAACUGCUCCCCAGGGACUGUGUUCGGCAGCGGGCAGAGGGGGGACCCUCUGCUCCCUCGAGGGGCUGGCAGCAGAGAGCCCGGACUCUGCUCUUCAGCCUUCUCCCAUGCAGCCUGGGGCGUCCUUCCUGGGUGGGAAGGAGGGGAGGGGACCCCGCAGGAGCAGGUCAGCAGGAAGGAGGAGAGGAUGGCUCCCUGUCCACCAGGCGCGGCCCCGGCGAGGAGCGGCCUGCAGAACAAAGCCGGAAGCACUGUGAGCCUGGCGUCUGAGACAGCUCGCUGGCGGCUGCUGUCCAGGUGUUUCCGAGCCUGGCAGCACGUGGUGCAGACGCGGCAGGCAGUGGUGGCGGCGCUGGCGCUGGGCCGCCGGAAGCUGUUGCGCAGGGGCCUACGGGCGCUGCGGUGGGCACUGUGGCUCCGGGAGGCCCAGCUGGAGGUGGCGUGGGGGCGACACACGCAGGCCCUGCUGGCCCGGAGCUUCCAAAAGUGGAGAAACCUGACUUGGCAGCAGAAACAAGGGCAGCCCCACGUCCAAGCUGGGCCAGGACCCCCAUCCUCUGGGGAAGGCCAGGGCCAAGGCCCCGUGGGAAGGAAGCCAGUGCUGGACCGCGCCGGGGGAGGCAGCUCCUUCCUCCAGGGCAUGAGGCGGCGGAUGCUGCAGCGCAUCCUGAGGAGGUGGCGCUUGAGGGCGUGGGGUCCAGGCACCCCAUCAGGCAGCACCAGGACCCCCUCUGCCCCAGAACCGCUGGGCGGCAUCCCGGGAUGGGAGGCCUCGCUGGGCUGCAGCACACCGGGCAGCUCGCUGGAGGAGGCGUCCAGGGCCCCCGCCCUCCUGGAGAGCCUCGGGGGGAGCUUGCCGUGGGCAGCCGGGCGGCAGCAGGGGCGGUGCCAGCAGCCCCGAGGCGCAGUGAGGUGGCACCAGAGCACCCUUCAGAGGCGCAUCCUCCUUGGCUGGAGCCGCUGGGCAGCAGCCCAAGGGGCCCAGAGAGAGCUGGCUGUCCGCUGGGCCUGGGCUCGGAGCUGCAGGGCCACACUGGGCCUGUGGCGGCGGCGGCUGGCGCAGUGGCAGGAGGCGGAGCAGUGGGCCCGGGAGCGGGGCCGGAGACGGGUGCGAGAGGCCCUGUGCCACUGGCGCUCCCACUGGCAGAGGCAGCAGUUCCUGCAUCAGAAGUACCAGAGGUGGGUGCAGGUCCACCUCCAGGGCCUGCGGAGGGCCGUGUUCCAAGGCUGGCAGCAGGCAACAGCUCGUCGGAGACACAUGGUGGCUGAGCCAGAGCAGCUCCUACUGCAGAGCCAUUUCCAGGCCUGGUGUGGAGUUGUGAGAGACACAGGUGUGCUCCGGGCCAAGUGUCGAGCCUUCCAGGAUGGCCUGAGGAGACGGGCACUGUGGGCUGCCUUUGUCACAUGGCAGGAGUCCCCAGUGGCCGCAGCCUGGGCACAGGAGCAGCGCGUGACCCGGGCCUCCAUUGCCCACUGGAGACGCUGUGCUCAGGGGGGCCGGGCAGACAGGCAGCUGAGGAAGGCCCAGGCCCAUCAGGCCUUCACAUCAUGGAGAGUGGCCCUGGGCCAGCGCCACGAGGCCCGCCAGCAGGCAGAGGAGGGAGCUCGGGCCCAGGCCUGGGUGGCCCUGUGCUGGACGCUGUGGGUGCGUGAGUCCCGCCUACACAGGCUCAGCCGAGCCCACGCUGCCCGGAAGCUGAGCGCCAGGUGGGAUACUUGUCCCUGUUGUGUGAUAUUCGGCUGCUCUCCGUGCCCAUUUCACCCUGAUUUCUCCAGAAGAGGGAUGAGGGGAGGAGGAACCCAGGCUGGGGGCUUUGUCUGGAGGUCCCCUUCCCGCAAGGCACUGGCCAGGGCUGGGGAGGGCUCCCUACACGGCUGCCAGAGAGUCCUGGCCCUGAUGGCCUCUGGUGUGAGUUCCUCCCUCUCCCCCAGGGUCCUGGAGGCCUGGGCCCGGUCAGCAGCCCAGGGCCGUGUCCAGAGAGCCACCAUCACCCAGUUCCAGCAGGCUGGGCCCAGGCACCUCCUGCGGACCCACUGGGCCCAGUGGCAGACAGCGCUGCUCAGAGUGAGGCUGGAACCACCGUCCAGGGCCCGGGAGGCCAGCACAGCCCACCCCAGGCCCAGGUCCGACCUUAGGCACUGGCCCAGCCUGGCCAGCAGAGGGUGCCUCCUGGUGGUGAUGGACGCCACAGCCCCGUGGCAGCAGGUGAAGCAGGGCGCAGGUGACAGAGAGCCUCCCCUCUGCCACUCCUUCCAGCUCUGGCUGCACUGGCCUGGACACAGCAGCUGGACACCGAAUCGGCUCCCUACAGGACCAGGAGGGGGCUGCAGCUCUGAGACCGGCACCCUCAAGGGCAAAGGCGAGGCUGACAAUCAGAGGCGGCUGGGAGGCACUGUUUCGCCGGCUCCAGGGUACCCAGCAGGCCAGGCGCCUGGCAGUGACAUGGCAGCGUUGGGUAGAUGCUCAGGGGGCAGAACAGCUGGCUCGGACACUGGUGAGUGGGGGCAGCCCCUCCCCACCCUCACACUGAUCUGCCAUCUCAACCCUAAACUAGAAACAAAGUUUCUCAAAGUCUGGUCUUUGGACGGACCACAUCUGAACCCUUGGGGGACAGGCUCAGGAAUCUGCAUUUUUAAGGCACCUCAGAUGACACCUGCCUUGUUACAUCCCUUUCAUCCUGGUGCCGCAGAGCUGCAGGGGGAGAGGCAGCAGAGCGGCUGGGGCUGCCGGGGAGCGCGGGUGCCAGAGGCAGCAGCAGGCCCAGCUCGGGGCCUUCUCUCAACUGUCCCUGUAGCUCCUGCAGUGGCACCUGAGAUGGGCCUGGCGAACGUGGCGGAGGUGGGUCCUGCGGCUGCGGGUGGCUCAGCGAUUACAGCAGCAAGGCGACGGCUGGGUCCUUUCCCAGGUACUGGGGGGCAGCCGCCACCCUCCAGUAGGCCACCUGGACAUUUCCGGGCUGUGGGCCCUCCCUGCUCACCACCCCAGGGCCUCUCCAUUUGCAGGGAGGGAUCAGCUCAGGUAGAGAAGACAGCUUGGACUCUAGAGCCCUUGGCCUUUGAGAAGUGGCAACAGGACCUGGCAGCCAGGGGCCUGAUGAGAGGAGCCACUGGCAGCCCGAGACCCCUGAGCAAGCCAGCCAUCAGGAGCCCUGGGAGCAGGCUGGAAGCUGCCCAAGCCCCUGAGUGUGCUGGACUUGGGGCGGAGCAGGGGGCCCAGCUGCAGCUGUGACUUGUUCCCAUGGAAAGAAAAACAGAAACCGAGCCCAGCCUUCCCAGCGAAGGCACCAUGCCCCACCCCCCGGGGAGCGAGGCUGUCAGGCCAGCGCCCAUCCCAGGAGCUCCAAAGGACAAUAAAAUGCCCUCUGUAGUCCUGGCUGCUUCUCUUGCUCAGUCUCUCCUAAAGCUGCCCCUUGGCCCCAGCCCGCCCGACCAGGGAAGGAAGGGAAGAGGACGUGCCCACAACUGCGCCCGCCUCCUCUGCCAUCAGGCUGCUCUCUGGACGUCCAGCCCCACCCUCCUUCUGCUGAGCCAGCGAAGACCAGCAGGCAGGGACGAGGACAGGGAUCAGCUAUGUGCAUCUGCCAGUCACCGCCCCUGGGCAGCGGGGCUUGAGGGCUGACUCCUGGGGAGCAAGGCCAGG